AUGGCGACAACGAAGGCGUGGCAAGGAGCCGAAUCCACCGUCAAGUAUGCAGUCCACCUUGGAGUUUGGACUAACUGGUCUCGUGGUGCCAUCAUGGGGGCCACACUCACUUUGCGGCGGACAGAAGGCAACUACCUCCUUGCCUUCACCUCUCUGUUCAUCACCAUCGUCGCGAGCUGCUUUUGGAGCAUUGCGAGGCGGGCGUUGCAUCGCUGUUAUUCAACUUCGGCGCCGCGCGACACCCUCUAUCAUCAACAGCAAGCGGUUUUGCGCAACUCGUCUUCCGCAUUCGAGAGCUUUCAGAUUCUUUGCUCGCUUGCUUGGGCGUGGCGCCGCACAGUCAAAGGCAAACGUUGCCUUCUCCGCCUGGUGCCAGGUGUGUUGGCGGCUGCGUUUGUCGUUGUUUCUUUCGCCAUUGCGUCGGGUUUCUCGUCCCAGAUUUUUCAGGCCGACGAUCCCAACUAUGAUGCACACUCCAGAGUACCAUACCGGGCGCGAAUGGUCACAAACGAUGCGAACUAUGCCCAACAGUGUUAUUCAGCCAACUCGUCCUCGGGAAUAUUCGACUGCACAUCUUUCGUCAGAGCAAAUCUACGCAGUACCAUUGACACAGAGGCGCCCUGUCCAUUCGCAAAUGGUUUGUGCCGGAGCGAUAACGCAAACAUUCGGUUGGAUACUGGGCACAUCGACAGUAACGACGACUUGGGCAUGAACUCGCCCGAGGGUGAAAGGAUCCUGUUCAGGUCCGUGUUGAGCUGUGCGCCUUUGUCAACUGAGGGAUUUUCCACAAACCUCACGACAGAGACAGGGGAUUUUACCUUGUACGAUUAUGGGAACAAGACAGUGGGUCAAAAUUAUACGUACAGGGUUCGGAGUCUCCAAGAGCAGUACCCAGCUGACGAUAUUGAAGGGGCUCGCGGUACGAACUUUGUUUUGGCAUCAUUCGCGGAGACCAACUACCAGGAAACCACUUACACGCCGUCUUCGUCAUUGCAGACAGACACAGAAUAUUUUCCCAAAGACGGUGACCUUCAUCUCAUCUUUCUCUCCGGAAACGGUAUCAGAUUCCAAGAGCCCGUGAACGAUCCUUGGUAUCGCGCAACGGUUCCAACUAGGCCCAUUGUCGCAGCGACCAAGCCAGGAACGUCUGCUGAACACCCUGCAUAUCGUUCUGAAGAAGCAGCGUCACCAAUGGCCUGCCUCGAACAGUUUCAACUUUGUUAUGGCAGUACAAGCCGAUGCGGGCCGCUGGCCAGCUGGCUGGAUGCUCAAGAUGGAGCUUCGAAACUGCUCAACUUCCCUCUCGAGAGGGAAGGUCCGCCGGCAGACAACCAUCCUGCAUCCCGAUUCUACUGGUUCGUGGCGCUGUUUACCUAUGCUGUGCCUGGCCUCCAGCCCGUCCUUCUCCAACUCGGCGCAAACUCGUUGGCUUCAAUGCGCAGCCUAUACGCUGGCGUCAUGGGCCCGCUUCCGGACAACCAGUGGCAAGUCGACGUGAUGCAGUGGUGGGCUACAUAUUUGGCAGGCAUCCAGAGCGCAGUCGUCUCGAUCGCGUCCGGCCCCAUUGAUCCUUCACUAGAGCACCUGCGUAUCAGGCCUUACAACCAAUGGAUUCAAGAUAGUAUUUGUAACAACCAGAUCAUUCGCAGCUCCGACUAUACCUCCUUCAGCCUUUUUGGCCUAUGUUUCACUUACAUUCUUGGGCUCAUUAUCGUCAUUGUCGCAUUCUGCCUGGAUCCAGUCCUGGAUACAUUGUCAACCCGUUUUCACCGGGGCGCAUAUUCUUAUGUGGAGUGGACCUCUACGGACACACUACAACUGCAGCGGAUGGCCUUUCAGGGCGUGAAGUCGGGCACUUGGUCCGGCUCCGCGAGUUCAGUUCCUGUGACUUCAAAAGCGGGUGAAAUCAUGGCGAACCUGCCGUUCGAGUACCCCAUCAGUCAACUUCGCAGCGAGAAACCCGGCUCCAACGUUGCGAUAAAAGCGACCGCAGGCACUUCAGUGCCGACGUCACCUCUGAAAACAUCAAUUACUCCCUCUAAAUCCAUUGAUACACUGAAAAACUCGACAAGGGUGGGCACAAUAUCGUCCAUGGACAUGGAGGUUUCACCUAUCACUCCGACAAUUACAGCGGCCAAGUCCACCAAAGCAUAA